UAUAUCUUAUUUUCUCUGGGGUCUGUAAAUGAUGUGCUGUUCUGUAAAUGAUUUUCGUGACGAUCAAACAAAUGUUCGUAAUCCAUCUACUGAAUCCAGGUCUUUUUGCUCGAAACUGCAUUGUACAAGACUGUUGACAAUAUUUAAUCUGUAAGCGGUUUACUGUAGCUCACUGACACAGCGGGCGGCUUAUGCCCCAUAGCGUAUUCAUCAUCAUGGCGAGUGUUUCAGCCGUGCCCGCAUCUCAGGCGAGCGCUCCAUCUCUCAAGGUCUCUGCUAAUGACUGCUCCUCCAAUGGCACUAGAGAGUGCAUCUCCAGCUUCAAGGCAGCGGACGUGGUGAUUGAGCUGGCUCCGACCCAUAAGCCCAAGCCUGACUCCACUGACUUGGUGUUCGGGACAGUCUUCACUGACCACAUGCUGACCGUUGAGUGGACCAGCACUGGUGGAUGGCAAAGACCUCAUAUCUGCCCGCUCCACAACCUGUCCAUCCACCCAGCAUGCUCUGCCCUGCACUAUGCUGUACAGCUGUUUGAAGGCAUGAAGGCGUACCGGGGAGCUGACAAUGUCGUGCGUCUCUUCCGCCCCAUGCUGAACAUGAAAAGGAUGCUGAAGUCUGCAGAGAGAGCCUGUCUGCCUAGCUUUGAUGCAGCCGAGCUGUUGGAGUGCAUCAGGAAGUUAGUGGAGGUGGAUAAGGAGUGGACACCUCAUUCAGACUCUGCCAGCCUCUACAUCCGCCCCACCUUCCUGGGCACUGAGCCCUCCCUGGGUGUCAAGAGGCCUUCUCGUGCCCUGCUCUAUGUCAUUCUGAGCCCGGUUUCAUCUUACUUCAGCACCGGUGCCAAGCCUGUGUCUCUGUGGGCUGACACCAAGUACAUUCGAGCUUGGAAAGGAGGAACUGGAGACUGCAAGAUGGGAGGGAACUAUGGAGCCUCAAUCUAUGCUCAGCACGAGGCAGUUAAUUUCGGGUGCCAGCAGGUCCUCUGGCUGUAUGGAGAAGACCAUCAAAUCACAGAGGCUGGCACCAUGAACGUGUUCCUCUACUGGAUCAAUGAAAAUGGAGAGGAAGAGCUAGCAACUCCACCCCUCGACGGUGUGAUUCUUCCUGGAGUCACACGCCAGAGUAUCCUGGAACUUACCCGGAAAUGGGGGGUGUUUAAAGUGUCUGAGCGUUAUUUGACCAUGGCAGAUCUGUGCCGAGCUCUGAAGGAGAACAGGGUGAAGGAGAUGUUUGGUUCUGGCACAGCGUGUGUGGUUUGCCCAUUGGGCCAGGUGCUGUACCGGGGACAGAAUCUGCACAUUCCCUGUCUGGGGGACUGCCCUCCAUUAGCCUCCAGACUUCUGAAGGAACUCUCAGACAUCCAGUAUGGCCGGACUCCCAGUGACUGGAUCUGCUUGGUCUAGAUGCCUCCAGAGAGACUGAGCCUGGCAUAUAUUGUGGGCAUGUUCACAUUGUGAACUCAUUGCACUGUACCUUUAAUGAAUUCCUAUCUCUCCUCUGCCAGCACGUCCUUCCUUCCUAUAGUUGUUCAGUAGCAAUAAUUUAAAAUAAAAUAUGCAAUUUACAGGAAAUUGUUGAGGAUUGCUUUAGAGUAGUAGCAUAAUUCCAGGCAUUCUAGGCACGCGUCCUCACCCACAGAUAUUCAACUUGAAUUACUCAGAGGUAAUUGCAUUAAUUUACAGGUAAUCAUUCUACCAGAUAAUCACCCUCACUCUCGCCAGAUGAAUGUUUACUAGCAAGUAAUAUUCACUCACAGAUAAGCACAUUUGCUCAAAGAUAGCGUGUGUACAAAUAAUUGCAUAAUUGAGAUAAGAUCCCUCAAUCACAGGUAAUCACUCUCACUCAGAUUUAUGCAGCUCUAUAGUUCUAUAGUAUGAAAAAAAAAAGUUUUUAUUUCAGGGUCAGGAAGCACCAAUCACAGCCUCUUCUGAAAAAGAUAUGCAUGUAUGUCUGCCUGUGUGCAUGUAAGAGUGUGCUUGUGGCUGUACUUGUGAGUAUCUGUGCAGAUUCAGUAUGGAAGGCGUGUAGGUGCGUGUCCAUGUGCAAGUUUAUGCAUGCGUGCUUGUGCGAGUGUGUGGCCAUAUAGAGGUGUACAAUUGUCUGAAUGUGCAUGCAUGUGCGUUUGUUAGUGUGUUUGUGUGUGUGUGUGAGUGUGUAUGCAUGUGUGUUUGUUAGUGUGUGUGUUUCAUGCAUGUGCACAGUGCCCAGGUAGGUGUGCUAAAAUCGCACUUUUAAGUGAGGAGAAUGAUCAUCCUUACCACAAAUAGUUUUAACUUAUAUGAAAAAUCCCAAAUGAUUUCUUGAUUAUAUUAUCAAAGGUUUAUUUGAAAGAAAACUAAUGGCGUAUGUGUAAUCCUAUUUUCCUUCCUUUUCAUAACCAAUAGAUACAUGUGCUUUAUAAUGGUAUAUGUAUAGAUUUGAGAAGAUUUGAAAUGACACAUAAAAUGAGUGUAUUGCUGUGAUGUUUUAGUAGAGAUGAUUGUGUUUAUGUCAUACUAUUUAUUAUAUAUUCUCUAUGUGACCUGUGUGGCCUUGAAUUACAUUUCAACAUGUAGGACCCUUAGUACUUUUCCUGUAGAGAUUUAUAUUUAUAGAGCUGAGAAUAUAUUUUUGGGAACCAUUGAGAGUAUUAUAGCAAUACCUUGCCAUAUUUAUGCAAAUAAUAAAUCGAUUUAAAAUAAGCAAACAUCCAAAUGACAAAGUUGUGUUUCCAAUAGAGAGCUAAAUAUAUAUUGCUCAGAAUAUAUUUUAUGUGAACAGUACCAUCGAAAGCAGUAGACCAAUUGUCUGAUAUAUAUAUGCAAAUAAUAAAUGUAUUUAAAAUGUAA